AUCACUAGGUAUACAACUCCAAGUGUAAACGGAUUUGAGGCUUUAAAAAGUUUCUUUGAAGUUUUAAGUGCGUUGUAUUUUCCUUAUUUUGAAGACGUUUUAAUUUAGAGAGGUUGGUAUUUAGAGUUCGGCUCACGGGAACGGCAUCGUAACAAUCAAAGGGAAAAUUUGGAAUCUCCUUUGCCUCGCUUAUAGCUUGGGAAUUUUCUCGGACUUAACUUUCGCCGGAGGUCACGCAAAUUGACCUUAAAAGAAUGCAUUAGCCAUAAAUUAAAAUAAACCCCUCAUCCAAAACCUGAUCCACUGAGAGACAAUACACGACCUGGACAAACCAGGCUUCCUUUGCGAGCCGAACGGUGCGGGGUGCUGGGGAAGAGGGAACUUGACAUUGCUGUUAGCUGUGAGUGGAAGUUCCCUCAUAAGGUCACUUUCAUGAAUUCAAAAUCAACUAACCAGUGAUCUUUGGGUGCUGGGGCUACAAUCUCUCUGUUUCUACUCCUCCCACAGCAGCCAUGGAGGCCUCUCCUCGUAGCAGCUUUUUCCUGAGCAGAAUAAUGUCGUCCAAGCAAGCCACCUCUCCCUUCCUCCCCGCCGAUGCGGAGGACGCCAUGAGCCAGGACAGGGUGUCCUGGGACAAGGAGGAGAGCAGCGACCCCCACGCCCCCCCCCAACUGCCCCUGCACACCAUGCUGCACAGCAAAAGCCCCCCUGAGGAGCUUCCCGCCAUCAGCAGCAUCCCGCCCGAAUCCGAGUGGGACAGCAUUGUGUCUGCACAGCAGCGCAUGGAGUCGGACAGCAAUAAGGUGUGCUCGCUGUACUCCUUCCGGAACAAUUCUACCUCGCCCCACAAGCCCGAGGAAGGGGCCCGGGAGCGUGGCUGUGGAGGAGGAGGAGGAGGAGGAGGAGGAGGAGGAGGAGGCGACCAGCUGAGCGGAUCUGCCUUCGGAACGCCAGAGCGCCGCAAGGGAAGUCUGGCUGACGUGGUGGACACCCUCAAGCAGAAGAAACUGGAGGAGAUGACGAAGACCGAGCAGGACGAUUCAUCUUGCAUGGAAAAACUUCUCUCUAAAGACUGGAAAGAAAAGAUGGAAAGACUGAACACGAGCGAGCUUCUGAGUGAAAUAAAGGGUACCCCAGAGAGCCUGGUGGAGAAGGAGAGGCAGCUCUCGGCCAUGAUCACGCAGCUCAUCAGCCUGAGGGAGCAGCUCCUGGCCGCCCACGACGAGCAGAAGAAGCUGGCCGCCUCGCAGAUGGAGAAGCAGCGCCAGCAGAUGGAGUUGGCCAGGCAGCAGCAGGAACAGAUCGCAAGACAACAGCAGCAACUUCUGCAGCAACAGCACAAAAUCAACCUCCUGCAGCAGCAGAUUCAGGUCCAAGGUCACAUGCCUCCGCUCAUGAUCCCCAUCUUUCCACACGACCAGCGCACUCUGGCAGCUGCUGCUGCGGCACAGCAGGGCUUCCUCUUCCCCCCGGGAAUCACGUACAAGCCAGGUGAUAACUACCCGGUGCAGUUCAUUCCAUCCACAAUGGCAGCUGCGGCAGCGUCAGGCCUCAGCCCUCUCCAGCUCCAGCAGUUGUACGCCGCACAGCUAGCCAACAUGCAGCUCUCCCCGGGAGCCAAGAUGCCCUCCCUGCCCCAGCCCCUGAACUCUUCCGGAUCCGUCUCCCCCACCGGCCUCAAGGGCGACAAGCGGCCCUGCAGCCCCCUCAUCCAAGUCAAGGAUGAAGGGACACAGCCCCUGAACCUCUCCGCCCGGCCCAAGACGGCCGAGCCAGUCAAGUCCCCUGUGUCCCCAACCCACAGCCUGUUUUCUGGCAACAAGACCAGCCCCAACAGCCUGUCCAAGACCAGCAUCCCCAGCCCCAUCGGAGCCACCCUGGGCCGGGGUUCCUCUCUGGACAUCCUGUCCAGCCUGAACUCCACGGCGCUGUUCGGGGACCAGGAUGCGGUGAUGAAGGCCAUCCAGGAGGCCAGGAAGAUGAGGGAGCAGAUCCAGAGGGAGCAGCUGCAGCACCACCAGCAGGGCAUGGAGGCCAAGUUCUCUGCUCUCAGCAGCAUGGGCCUCAACAACUGCAGGGCCGACAAGGAGAGGGCGCACUUCGAGAGCCUGGGGCACCACCUGGGGAAGCUGGGUGAGGAUGGCAAGAUGGGUCACCGGGUCAUCGACCUCACCCGGCCUGAAGACAUGGACGGAGGCGCCAGCACUACGGAGGCUCGGGUGUACAGGGAAGCGCGGGGGCGCAACAGCACCGAGCCCCACAUCAAGCGGCCCAUGAACGCCUUCAUGGUGUGGGCCAAGGACGAGCGGAGGAAGAUCCUGCAGGCCUUCCCUGACAUGCACAACUCCAACAUCAGCAAGAUCCUCGGCUCACGCUGGAAGGCCAUGACAAACCAGGAGAAGCAGCCGUACUAUGAGGAGCAGGCCCGGCUCAGCAAGAUCCACCUGGAGAAGUACCCCAACUACAAGUACAAGCCCCGGCCCAAGCGCACCUGCAUCAUCGACGGCAAGAAGCUGCGCAUAGGCGAGUACAAGCAGAUGAUGCGCUCACGGAGGCAGGAGAUGCGGCAGUUCUUCACUGUUGGGCAGCAGCCCCAGAUUCCCAUCACCACCAGCAGUGGCCUGGUCUACCCCGGCGCCAUCGCCCUGGCUACCGCCACACCCUCUCCGCAGAUGACGUCGGACUGCUCCAGCGCCUCGGCCAGCCCGGAGCCCGCCAUCCCCGUCAUCCAGAGCACCUACGGCCUGAAGCUGGAGCCCGGGCCCCUGGGGGCCGCUGACCCCGUCAACGGCAACGACGACGACAUGGACAUGUACGAGGACUUCGAGGACGAGCCCAAAUCGGACUACAGCAGCGACACCGAGACCAGGGAGCCCGUCAGCGCCAACUGAAUCCGCCCCACCACCACCCUCACGGCCAAACCCAGCAACACAUCGACAGAUUCUUACCGGAGAGUACCAGAACGAGAGAGAGAGAGAGAGCGAGAGAGAGAGAGAAAGAGAGAGAAAGGGAGAGGGAAGGCGAAAUAAAGGCAAAGAAGAAUAAUAACUAAAGAACGAAACGACACAUUAAGAGAAAAGCUCCCUUUCUGAACAUGUACUGCAUGCACGUGUGGCUCCCCCACAUUCAGCUGUUGGUCUUAAAUGUUUCUUAAAGUGUGAAGCAGUACGUUUGUUUUAAUUUUUCCCCAUUUCAUGUCCUCUUUUCUUUGUUAUUUUUUCUUUUUUGCUCAUGGACAUUUUGACAGUUUUGUUUUGUUUUUUUUGUCUAUUCAACUUUGGAUGUCAGGACUUGAAAUUUAACAUUUAAUAUGAAUCCAUAGCUCUCACAGUCUUACAUUUCAUUUUAUUCUUAUGAAUAUAUUCAUAUAUAUUUUCUUUUGAAUGCUUUUUAUUAGCUUAAUUUACUGUUUUGAUUUGGUAAUAUAUUCUCACUCAGGUAUGCUGUGCCAGCCAACAGCUUGUGAAUGUGUUUUUAACCUGAACUAUUUAAGAAAAAAUACAGAGAAAGAGAAAAGUAUUCUGAAAUUUCAUAAAGAUAAAACACAGAAACCAGUCCACAAGUGUGCUAACAAGCACAAAAAGAAUGCAUUAAACACCCUAAUUAUUAUUAUUAUUAUUAUUAUUAUUAUUAUUAUUAUUAUUGUUAAGUAGUUUUUUUGUGUUUUCCAGCAUUAAAUCAAGACGUGCCAAACUUGUCAUAACCUUCCAUCACAUAUAUCUUAAAAUGUGUAAGUCUUAAAGCAGGCACUGCAAGAGUCUUAGACAAUCUUAAUGAAACGGCGUAAAGAAAAAGCAGUUACUUUUCACAGUCCUACUCAGGAAUGUGGAUGCAGACGCACUCACAUUUUUCCUACUUUUCGGGAAGGGGGGAGGGGGGGGCAUAGUCACUGCGCUGCUGCUCCGCUCCAGCCCGUCUGUGUGUGUCUCUGGAAGACCCUCGCAGUGAUCAUACAGCCAGCUCAGUCCAGUCUUACCCACUGAGGUCUUAAUGCCAGCGAUUGUGACCAGCCCGGACUGCCGGGGGGCCAAAUGCCUUCCAAUCCACCCAAUUGGAAGUGCAGGAAAAGGCAGCUUUGGUGGCGUUACAAUCGCUGAUCGUUGCAGUCCAGCAAGGCACCGUGCGUUCCUUUCAAAUGCUUCCGCCCCUUAGCGGGACAUGGACGUUUUAAAUUCCUUCAUCUUGCACAAGACUUCGCUCCUUACAGUGUGGAAACUGUAAAUCUUAAUCAACUUCUGAGUCUUAAAGCUAAGCUCUCCUUAAGUCUUAAGUCCAAAUAGAACAGGCAGCUACACUUCCCAGAGGAAACAGGUGAACAGUAGAAGUUACUGCACAGGCAGUACUAUCAGCAGCCAGGACAGCUCGAUAACAAACAGUCCUUGAGGAUAGGCAACAUCUGGCUUAAUUUCAUCUGUUGUUUUCCGGCAAAAAACGAUGUAAGUUAGAUCAUGUCUUACUUUUACCAAAGUUUGAACUAAGAUCAAUUCUGCCCCACUCAAUUUACUACAACUACAUCUGCCGUAUCCUGGACAAAUUAAUAUACGUUAGAUCAGUUCCGAUCCACUGGGUCAACAUACUGUAAUAUCAUAUUAUUCAUGAAUAAUAGUGAGGGGGGGUAAUGAAUAGUCCUAUAAUAAAAACCCACAUCCCUGCCAAACAGACCUGAAGGAGCAGUGCCCCUCGUUAUCUCCUGAAGGUCACAAGGCCCUUCCUCCAUGGCUGUUACCGCGACCAGCCAACCAGGAGAUGGCUGUUAGCGGUCAAGGCGGUCAGCAACGAGGUGGUCAGCGGUCAAGGCUGUGCCAUUUGGCAUAGGGUGCUGUGACCCCCCCACACACACACACACGUGUAGCUGGGCCAGUCCAAAAGGCGGCCCCCACAGCCGCUUGUGCCCAAGGGGCGGCCAUCUGCUGGAGGGGCGGGAGCAGGGCCCUGUUUUAUUGUGCGUUCCUCCAGGCCAGGCCAGGCCAGCGAGACGCCGGCGAGCAGAUGGAACAAGUACAUCAAGCUGUGGGGGAUUAUUAAAAUGACGGACGAGUAGGUAUCAGCUCAAAUACGCCAUUAUUAAUGUAUGAAUCCCGUUAUUUUUCCUACGCCCUUGAGCACCCCCCCCCCCCCCCCCCCAGAAACAGAGUGAUUAGGAGAUGCGUUUACCUGCCACGGCUGGCACUGAUGAUCACUGUUUGAUUUCCUGCAUUUUUUUUAAAAAAUCGCACUGACGGCUUUCUCUUUUCUCCUUUCUUUGUUUUCUAGUCUCCACUCGCUUAGAGCUUGUCAAUCAAUUUUAAAACAACCCCACUUUUGCAAACAGGAUAAUCAGUUCCAUCUCGAUCCCAUUUCCAUGUUUCUCUUUUUGAUUUGUUUUGCUCUCUAAAACAAACUGAAUUUUCUCCCCUACACAAGCCAACAGUUGUAGGUGUGGCAGGCUGUGUUUAUUCUGUUUGCUGGGGGAUAGGUACGGGAUUUGUGUGCUCUUGACGGCCAUGCCAGGCUGGAGGUUUGAGAAAAAUUACCUUUCGCGGGACUGAAACUUGAUUGCGCUUGUAUUACAAACAAACAAUAAAUAAACAAAAAAAAAAUACAAAAAAAAAGUUAACUCUCACAGAGACAUUGUUUGAUAAGUGUUAUAAGCACUGGAUAUAAAUGGUAUUUUUUAUCAAUUCUGACUAAUGUGAAGCUGUUGUAUGAGAGAGAGCGAGAAAGAGAGAGAGAAAAAAACGGCAUGAACAAAGUCACCAGUUUGGACUCGUGUGAGGUUGUCUCACAGUUGCCAGAUUUUGACUUGUUUUUUUCUGUCUAGUUAUUUUGUUUAUUUAUGCAAAAAAAAACACAUGUUAUGAAUGGACACUUUGUUUUAGCUCCACUGCUACCAGAGGGAAACUUUUCAGAAAAUUUGCCUAAAGGCUAACAUAGCUGGUCAACUGAGAUACACCGGACUCCAGAAAUGCAUUUUUAUUGGUCAAGUAUGUUUGUGUUGUAUGUUGUAUUUGAAGCUAUAUAGUGCAUAUAGACAUUUUAUUGUAUUUAUUAGCCAGUGGUGGCUCUAAAAAGUGUCAAUACAGCAUAAUUAAGGACAAUCAGAAAAUAAAGAAGAAAAACAGUGAGAACUGAACCCGAUUUGGAGCUGAAAACAAAGUUUCUUUUUUUGGUUUUGCAUUUUUCUUCUAGAAUUUACCAUCUCAUUGUAGAAUUUUUUUUGAAAUUGUAAAUAUAACAUAGGAAAAUAGAAUUCUAUUUUUGUUCAUGAAUACUUAGUGAAGUAUAAGUUAUGUGUUUGACUGUUUUUUCUUUUUUACGUCAGUGUAUGUUGGUCUGUGUUAUAGAAAAAACUGACAAGUCCCUGUACCUCACGUAGAUGCUGAAUUUAGAAAUAUGAUGACAGAGAGCAGUAUUGGACCUGUAGCUGGGAUGGCUGGGCACCUCACUUGUUUGUGUUUCAAUGACAUUAAACUUUUUCAGCAAAGGCUCGACCCACACUAUAGUGGCAAAUUCGCUGGCUUAAGACAAUAUUGGAGUCUGGUACCCUCUGAACCAGACUCUCACGAAUGCAAAUGAGAGGUAUAGCAUGGUCUGGUGAUUCUUUAUUCAGUGCAAUUCUGCAACAAUGCAUUGACCAUUUCACCAUUAUGCAUAAAGGGUGUUUGAUCUUCCUUGCAUUGGCUGGUGUACAAAACAAGCACUUAAUGAUUAUUUUUGUUCUAUCGAUCUAUCUAUCUGCAUAUCACAUAUACAUAGAGUAUGUGUUGUAACAGUGAAUUCAUGUUGAAAAAUCUCAUUUGCUAAAAUGGUCCAGUUGCAUUUCAAGCCACAACUAAAAUACCUUCAGUAGCUGUAAAUUGUGCCAAAUUGGGGGACAAUUGGGAGAACUGUGGAUAAUAUAAAGAUGGAUAUACUUUUGGAUUCUGGAGGUGCAUGCAUUAUUAUUAUUUCUAUAGCAGAAACUGAGUGGGUGACAAGUCUUUCUCUAAACAGGCAUUUUAUUGAAAACACAAGUGAGGUUCUCGGCAAGCUUAGGUUAUAGGGGACGUGCAAAUAUUUAUUAGUUUGUGUGUUGCACAUUGCGGAAAUUUAGUGUGCAUUCCCUGUUUGUCUGGUUUUGCUUUUCCUAUUUGGCUUAUUUUUAAAAAAAUACUUAAAUAUUUAAUAAGUUAGCCCACCCACUUUAUGACAAGCUUAGUCUGCUUUGCAUUUCUGUGAACUCUUGGGCAGUCUUUGCUGUGUAAUAUCAAGGUAGAUUCAGAAGACAAGCCCGCGAGCUCCUACUACAUAACUUAUAAUACUGUAACUAUUUUUUUGUCCUAACAUUGGAAUUCAUGGUGUACAUUGUGUGAUUGGUCUGAUUGUUCUCUGUGUUAAUUUAAUCAGCACAAUUCACUGACAUGCUGGACUGAUAUGCUAGCUGCUGUUCACAAGCAUCAAUUUAGCUGUUGGGAGGGCAACCCCCCACCCUGCCCCCUGCUGUUGUCUCAAUGGUACUUUACUUUCUUUUUUAAUUGUUAUCUUAUGUUUUUCAAGCGUGUGGCUCCUCUGUCAAUGUAGGGCUGCUGUCUUUUUUUAAAUUCUGCUUGCAGGCUCCUACAAGCAAGUUCUUUGUAGAAAUACCUUUCUCAGCAGGGCAGUGUGCCCGUGGCAGAUAUCGUUAGGGCGUUACUAGAGAUAAUAAAAUAGUGUCUGUUGCUGCUUUGAAGAAAAAAAAAGUUUUACGUCUGAAAAUGUAAAUAGUUUAUCAGAAUAUCUUGUACAGUCCAGUGUAAAGUUUUUAAUUGAACUUAAAAGGUUGCCAUCACAUUUGUGUUCACAUUCUUUUUACAGUACAAAAAGACAGCUAUUUGCUAAGGUUAUUAUUGUUUAAAAAACAAGAGAAAAAAGGGUACUAAAAAAAAACUUUGUAUUUUUUUGUUUUGCUUCGCUUCAAAAUGUAAAGCAGCAGAGUCAUUGGUUUCCAUGUGCAGUAUUGAUGUGAGCUAUAAAAAACUAAAGGUAAAAUCAUUUUACAGUGGUACACGCAGAGACCAGUCUUCUCUGUUUUUGGUAGUAUUAAUAAAUCAAAGACGAUACAUUGGUUGACUGACAAAUCCUGAUGUAUUUAGGCACCUUAGUCAUAUGUACAAAUCCUUUGGUAUUUUCCCCCACAGGAAUGAUAUAUAUAUGUUCUUUUUUUGGCAUAUUGUAAUGUAGCAUCAUUCGUUGGUGUACCUAAUCAGUAAUAUGGUGGGGGUAGGGGGCAGGUGUGGGGGGGGGUUUGUGUGACUGCCUAUUUAAGCUCAUUUACCUCAAGUUUCCUCCUUUUCCUACAAAGAAAAACACAGAACGACAAACAACAAACAACAGAAUUGUCUCACCAUCACUCCAUCUUUUGUACUGCUGUUGACACUUACAAAAUUAAAGAGAAAUUUUGUUUUAAGGUUUUGGUGGUUGUUUGUUCCUGCACAUUGUUAGUAAAAUUCAUGUGUGUAAGUGUGAUUUGAAUAAAUCAAUAAAAUCAAUACAACACUG